UUUUACUCUUUAUCUCAUGCUCGCUUGUGGCUGUUUGCUACCUCCUUUCCCUAAAACAAUUCUCUACCAGCCUCCGCCUCUGUUUCCCCUUGCAGACUCCGUCUCCCACUCAGGGAGUUAAACACAGAGCAGUUACUCCCCCAUCUCCCUCAAUCCGGGGGCCUGGAAAUCUUAGAAUAAGAGAAACCAAAUCCCUUGGAAUGAGUAGCUCCUGGAACUACAACUCCCAGAGAGCCUCCGGGAGUCAACAGACCAAUCAAAGGGUGCGAAGGUAGCCCGCUGGGAUUGAUAUUUCCCAGAAUGCCCUCCGGAAAAGCUGACUAACCAGUAAGUAGCCUCCUGGAAUGAAGCGUGGAGAGGGCGUGUCUCUUCCGGUAUCCCCAGAACCACACCCUGGGAAAGGCCUAGCUCAGGUUUGUAAUUCUUUCUGCCUGCUUGAGUCCUGACCUGAUGAUAAUCAUCGGUAGCCUAAUAAUGCUUUUAAAGUACCCUCCGUAGAGUUUGAUUAGUCGAUAUGUUUUCUAGGUAUGAUGACAAAUUUUCAUUAAUCUAACCCCCAUAUAUCCUUUAAAGCAAAUGGCGGCAUCUUUUCCAAAAAGGUGUGUUUGGCCUUGCAACACUGUAGAUCCAGGAAGUGAACCCACGACCUCCUACACGUAGUCAGAUAAUGUAAUAGGAAAAGCCUAGGCCUGGAAUUUCAGGAGAUCUGAAUUCUAGUUGCAACUCUGUCAUUAACUUACUUUGUUGCUGUGGGAUAAGCCACUUCAUCUCUAUGGGCCUUAGUUUCCCCUUAAGUAAAACCAAGAUGUUGAUCUAUAUCUCUAAGGUUUCUUCUAGCCACAACCUUGAGUAAAGUACUUCUGUGUAGGAAGAAACACUUCUCUGCAGUUACCCACCGCACUGGGUUAAUUUGGGACAGGCAAAAAUCCUUAAUGGCCUAACCAAUAUCAGAAUUGAUCUGUUGUAAUGUUUUUUACUCUUCCCUAUGUCUCAGACAGAAUUCCUGGAAAAAAAGGUAAGUUGGAGUUUGCUGCAGUGAAGAUGAGUUCAGUUUUAGAAAUGUGUUGAAGGUGUCUACAGGACAUCCAGGUGUAAAAGUUUUACAGGUAAUUGGUGAUGUAACAGUUAUAGCUCAGUUGAGGUGGUUAAGGAUGCCAGAUACUGCAGGGAAGUUAGCUCUAUUAUAAGGGAGAUAUGGAGAUAAAAACAUCCUCAAGAUUUUGAGUAAAGAACUGAAUGAAGAUAGAGAAGUGACAACAUAUUAAUAAUGCCAUAUGUUUUUGCAAUUUUUGUUAUAGUAAUUAGUUUUCAAGAUUCCUCAGGGAAAAGGAACCUAAGCUAGGCCAAUAACUCAUGACCUUGAUUGAAUGAAUCCCUUGCUGAAGACCAAUCUAUUAAAUGGAGCUCCUGUCAACAAGGAAUUCUGCAUGCUACUCUGUGGACAGCUGUCAUCCUCUGCAAUAGUCAUCUUACCAGUGGUAACAAUAUGGAGGGUUCCUGGGGAGAAGUGAGGCUUUUCUUGCCCAUUCCUGUGCAGAAGCUAAUCUGAAGAGAACAAGCAAGAAACUUUGAGUAGGGGCUGAGGCUAGACCCUGAGCUGAAUGAUGACUUCAGCUGUGGGCUGCCAGGCUUCAGCUCCUCAGGAGCAGGAGGGGCUCCUGAUAGUCAAGCUGGAGGAAGACUGUACGUGGGGGCAGGAAAUCUCUGUACAAGAUCAUGGAACGAGCCCUGAAACCUCCCACCAGUGCUUCAGGCAUUUCCGCUAUCAACAGGCAGCUGGACCCCGAGAGGCUUUCGUCCAACUCCAGGAGCUUUGCCAUCGUUGGCUGAGGCCAGAGAUACACUCAAAGGAGCAGAUCCUAGAGCUGCUGGUGCUGGAGCAGUUUCUGACCAUCCUCCCUGGGGACAUCCAGACCAGGGUACGGGAGCAACAUCCAGAGAGUGGAGAAGAGGCAGUGACUCUUGUGGAAGAACUGCAAAGAGAACAUGGAAGAUGCAGACAGCAGGUCACAAUCCAUGGGCGGGGACAGGCAGUGCCUUUGGAGGAGACCUCGCCCCUGGGAGCAGCACAGGAACCACCGAACUUCAAGCUGGAGCCAUCGGAGACUGAGCAGAGCCCUUGCCUUGGACUACAGGACCUGCUGGGCCCUAGCCCUAAAGGAGGGCCCCAACCCCUAAAGGAGAGGGCAUCAUCUACUCCCUGGGGUUCUCUCCUUCCUUCAAAGGCAGAAGGCACCGAAGACAAAGAGACAACAGGGUCCCAGUUGCCUGUGACCUUUGAGGAUGUGGCAGUCUACCUCUCCCAGGAGGAAUGGGGGCAUCAGGAAUCCAGUAAGAAGGCCCUUUCCAGGGAUGCCAUGCAAGAGAAUUAUGAGAAUGUGGUCGCAUUAGAAUCUCAGAUUCCCAAUCAGGACCCAGCCACCCAAGAAGAACAAGAAGAAAAGUCAUGGGAUCCCGGUCUCCAGAGUUCCAAGGAGCAAGGGAGCGCUAGAAUCCCUUAUACAGCAGAAGAAAAGAAAGAAAAUAAGGAAGAGAAUUCUCCUUCUGAACACUUUGAGGAAGAGCAACCUCAAGAAAUACCUUCAGGACAUUCAGAAAUAGAGGUUCCCUGGAGUCCUGAACAGGGAAAAUCAGAAGGACAGUGGAAUCCUUCUCCAGAGGAAAGACCUGGAAAACCCACAGCUUGGGCAUUGGGUUGCAAUGAAUUGAUAAGACCAAAGAAACCUCAGCCAGGAGAAAAACUAUAUAAAUGUCCUGUGUGUGAAAAAAAUUUCUCUAACAACUCAAAUCUUAUUAGGCACCAGAGAACACAUACAACAGAGAGACUCUGUUUGGGUUUAGAGUGUGGGGAAAUUUUCAGUGGAAACCCACAUUUUAUUCCACCUCAUAGAGUACAUCUGGGAGAAGAAGCCCAUAAGUGUCUUGAGUGUGGAAAAAGCUUCAGUCAGAACACACACCUGACUAGACAUCAGCGUACUCACACAGGUGAGAAGCCCUAUCAGUGUAAUGUGUGUGGGAAAAGCUUCUCUUGCAACUCAAACCUUCACAGGCAUCAGAGAACCCAUACUGGUGAGAAACCCUACAAGUGCCCUGAAUGUGGAGAAAUUUUUUCUCAUAGUUCUAAUCUCAUUAGGCACCAGAGAAUUCACACAGGAGAAAGACCCUAUAAAUGCUCUGAAUGUGGGAAAGGUUUCUCUCGAAGUUCACAUCUUGUCAUACAUGAGAGAACCCAUGAGAGAGAGAGAUUUUACCCUUUCUCUGAAUGUGGGGGAACAGUAAGUAACAGUACAACAUUUAUCACAAAUCAUGGAACACAGAGAGGAGAGAAGAAACUUUUUAAAUGUUUGACAUGUGGGAAAAGCUUCAGGCAGGGUAUGCAUCUCACCAGACACCAGAGAAUACACACAGGAGAAAAACCUUAUAAAUGUCCUCUGUGUGGGGAAAACUUCUCUCACAGCUCCAACCUCAUUAGGCACCAGAGAAUCCACACAGGAGAGAAACCCUAUACCUGUCAUGAAUGUGGGGACAGUUUUUCUCACAGCUCCAAUCGGAUACGACAUCUGAGAACCCAUACUGGAGAGAGGCCCUAUAAAUGUUCACAAUGUGGAGAAAGUUUUUCUCGAAGUUCUCGUCUUAUGAGUCACCAGAGAACUCACACAGGCUAGAAAUAUUUUGUAAUUUUGACUGCCAGAUUAGUAGAAGAGCUUUUAUUUGAAAUUGGUUCUCCCUGUUUCAACAGACAGGUCUCUACUUUGAAGAAAUUGCUUCUGAGAAUUACUUUGCAGGUAGGGAGAAUUUUGUCCAGACAAGCUGAGUUAGCCUCAGGUUGUCAAAAGACAUUCCUCCAUCAUCUCUGGAGUCUGGGGGCAGCAGGUGCACUCUGUAGUGUUCCCCUCAGAGAAAAAUUCUAUGGUAAGUCCUCCCUGUUCCUAAGGUAAACAACUCCUCCACUUGUAUAUUCAAGUUUUCAUUUGGCUCCCUUGCUGUGCCUAUUAUCUCUAGUCAAAUAGGAUAAAGUAGGAGAAGUUUAUAUUCUAUAUCUGUCAUCCUUCUCCAGAGGGACACAGCUGGAGUAUUUGGGCCACUUGGGGCUCUAGAGAUAAACCUGAAGCUUUCCUAGAAGGCACUGACUCUAAUUUUAGUUUGGAAAAAAACCACGAACAACCAAGACAAUGCUAGUAGCAUCUUGUCAUCUAAUAAGAGUGACCACUGGAAGGCAAAUUUAGUGAAUUGGUUAAAAAGUGAGAGCUUGGUAGUCCAGAAACCAAAGGGAAACAGCAUCUUGGAAGUUUCAGUUCAGUGAGAGAAAUAGUAGAGGAUGCAGAAAUCUGGAUCAGCUCACUCUGCAGGGAUUUUUUGUAUUGCAGUAUAAUGGUAGAGGAAGAGCCAUGUAGGAGAAAAGCCCUAUGCUGUUCAAGAGUUCCUGAAUCUAGUCGACUUUUCCUGGGUAAGAUGGACAGAUGUCCAGGAAGAUGAGUGUGACUUCACUACAAGAAGAUUUGAAUAACCUGGGUAAACAGUGUCAUGGGGAAGGAGGAUCAGAGGUCAUGGACUGGCUCUUCCCCACUCCUCUGAAGUUGUACAGGUUAAGUUCCUGGAGCAUCCUAUCCCCAUUGAAGGUACAUUAGAAUGUCUUAAAGAACCUACAUGGCUUAUCAGUAAUACCCCUUCCCAACCCCAGUAUUGAUCUGCUUCCUUUGCCUUGCUUUGGGCUGAUGGCGCUUUGUAUUGUCUUUCUGGAGUGACCUGGAAAGUUCUGAUAAAAAUCCUAACAGUUGGAUUUAUUCUAUGUCCGUGACUAGCAUAUACUGAGGCUAGAACAAUUAUGAAGGUCCAUGUGUAAGCCUGUCUUGUUUACACUGGACUUAUCACAAAGCCUUUAAAAGGAAUGUUUUUACCUUCUAUGAAC